GGUUUUAAUAACAUGUGACAGGAAGAAAAACAAAUUACAAAGGAAGCAUUUCGUCAAAACUGUUUAAUGACCAUUGCAUUUGGUGAGAGAGUGCUUCCAAAUGUGUACUUUUUUCAUAAAAAUUGUAUUGCAAGCUGCAGCACUGCUACAAAAUAUUCGUUAACGCAGGAAGUGAUUAGGAUGUCUACAGUACAAAAUACUCUGUGGACGAAACUGCCAGCCGAGACCUUGGACUCAAAAUACGAGAAAUGUAGAAAUAUCACAGAGGAAAUAUACAAGAGGAUAAACAUAACGUUUCAGAUUAAAAAAUUGGAGACAAACACACAAAGUGAAUUGUCUGAUUGCAGUGACCAGAUAGACAGCAAUGAACUGAGCAACGAGACAGAUUUGUUUGCGUGCGACAAGAGCUCAAUCUCAAGCAGCACGGAGCUAGAAGCUCUGGAGCAAGGCAGCGCUGCUUGCGAGAAGUUUAUUAACAACAACAAUAACGAGGAGAAGGUCAAAAAGACUGCUGUGGUGUACAAGAGGCCUAGAAAGAGAUUCAGGAAGAGAGUGAAGAAACAGCAAUCGUCGAAAAAAGAUUCAGAUGGUUCAAGCGAUGAGGCAAUUCCAUUGAGUAGAGUCGCUGUAGUGGACAAUAGAGCCACAAAAUCACCCUUACAUGCUUUCAUGGGUGUGCCAAAUGUUGUUAUAACACCCAUUGGUAAGUCUGAUGAGGCAAUUCCACUGCAUAGAGUAGUCGUGGUGGACAACAGAGCCACAAAAUCACCCUUAUAUGCUUUCAUGGGUGUGCCAAAUGUUGUUAUAACACCCAUUGAUUUGAAGAAAUUAAAACUAUCCAUACCAGAAAUUGCUGCAGAAAAGAAAUCCAACACGAAACAUACACAGAAGAAAGGGGAAACCCCUAAAGCGAAGUCACCUAAGGUCAUAGACAAGACCAUAGAGUCGAAACGGGGGAGUGACAAGACCAUAGAGCCGAAAAGAGGCAUAGAGAUCUUGCCCGCGAAAGAGAAGACUCUUUCAUGGAGCUGCAGCUUAUGCAGUUGUUCGUUUAAGGGAGAGAGAGGAUUAAGACGUCACAUGACCAUGUCACACAUUAUAAGUCCUGAGGAUGAGAAAAAACUGAGCAACGCACGGGAGGACACUUAGACUGGUAAAACUUAUACAAGCGUUUGAAACUUCUUCGGUGUUUUUGUGCGAACGGUACCUACGUCACAUCUUUUGUGACGUCAUUGAAGUCUUGAUGUGUUUUAAAAAAAAUACACAGAGUUAAAUAUAUUUUUUUAAUUGUUUUUGGAAUUCGGCGAAGUAUUCACAAAAUACAUAAAUUAAUUUGCUUUUUUUAAGACUAAAAAAUAUACCUUAUUGGUUAAGGAGCUGGACUCUACAUUGAAAGAUCAUGGGUUCGAUCCCUGUCCGUUGGAAAUUAGUCAUAUCUAACAGAUAUUAAAAAAAACUUGUUAAUAAUUAAAAAAAUAAAAAUACCCGACUGCGUAUUUUUCACUUGGAUAACCCAAGUGUUUUUAGAUAGGUCAAGUUAAAAAACUAACACGACGACGUUUUAGACGUUAUAGACUCGAUAUGAAAAAAAAAAUCUAAUAUUACAAUAUGGGUAUCAAUUUCAAGGACUCCUCAUGAGGACUUCAAAAUGGUAGGCAUGGCUAUAUUAAAAAAAACUACUUUUAGAAAAACGUCAUUUUACUUUUCAGUUUAUAUUUUAAAUUGCUUUACCGCAGUAGAAUUUUAAAUUUUAAAUUUAUUUAUUAUGUCGAUCCAAAAAUAUAUUUAGCUCUGUGGUUUCUAAUAUUAUAAAUUUAUAUUUGUAAGUAUUGGGAGUUAGUUAAUAAAUAAAAAAACUCGAAGCCAAAUAGACCGUCGCGUAGGCCGAAUGUAUGUAUCCAUUUUGUGAUAGUACCUAUUGUUGAAAGUCAAAAAUAUAAAAAUAAACAACAAAAACAUAAAAUGAAGUAUGCCUGUAGGGCUAACAUGCGACCAAGGAAUUUCGUAAAGAGAAAUAGACAAAUUCAAACAGGGCUAGGACUAGGACUCUGACGCCAUUGGAUGACAUUUUGUCUUAAUUUGUUAUGAAACACGGCUAAAACUCACGAUCGCAUCGCGUGCUGGGAUGGGGGUUGAGUGGUGGGUUCAUUAAUGUCAUCUAGAUGACAUUAAUGAACCGUUGGUUUAACGGAACCUUCACUCCUCACCACUCAACUCCUUUCCCAGCGCGUGUUGCGAGCAGCUGCGCGUCGCGCCGCCGCUUCGCAGUUUGGAUCGUGCCGCGUUGCAAGAACCAGCUCAUGAUUAAGGGCCCCGUAUGGGUUCGAAACCAGUCGGGUAUACUACGACCUAAUAUCACGUGAGUUUUAGCCGUGUUUAAUUUAAUAUGAAUAACACUCACGAUAGUUUAAAUUCCAAGACAUUUUGUCUAUUUCUCUUCACUCGGUCGCAUGGUAGAUACAAUGGCUAUCGUCAGUAUACUUCUAUUGCAAAAUAUAUGACCAGCAAUGAUGAAUUCAAUGAAACACUUAACCAGUUUCGGAUUCACUCUGGGUUCUUAAUCGCGAGCUCGUUCUGAACGGCACAAGCGAGACGGUCUGUCCGGCUUUUGAGUAUAGUUAGUUAAUUGGUGGAUUUGGAAUUUUUGGAGGGUAGGUCAAUAUUGAAUUUGGAUGCGAGAAGUUUUGUUAUUUGUUAUCAUAGUAUACUUCAUCAUCAUCAUAUCAGCCGAUGGACGUCCACUGCUGGGCCUCUUGCGUGGGCUUUAAAAUAAAACGAUCUCGAGCCACCAGCAAUUAAAGUUUGUCUAACGAAAGUAGGGACUGAAAUCUUUAUAAAAAACAUCGAUUGUAGAUCGUUAGAUGGGCCUCAAAGCGUCGCGGAAUUGUCAUUGGUUUCGCACGUUGAGUACGUCAUCACUCGUUACACAUUUCUCUAUAUUGUGGCUUGUGUUUUUACACUUCCAAAAUGAACACAAAGUCAUUGAGGUAAUUAAAAAAAAAACAAAUAUUUUUUUAAGUCCACGUCCACUCACAUCAUGCGUUACGUACUAAGAUAAGAUGUGCGUGCACGUUUUUGAGUAAUGACAUAAAAUUGUACGUUCUUUAGUAUGGAGAGGCCCAUCUAACGAUUUAUAUCGAUGAAAAAAAACGUAUAUGUGUUGUACGUAUUAUGUACAUUACUACAUAUUGGAAAUAAAUUAAAUUGCAAUAGGGUAGUUGACUCAUAUCAAAUUUAAUAUAAACAAUAUUUAUUUCGUGCAGUACAUGGAAUAAGGGUCCGAAAUAUAUCGAUAUCAAUUAAUAAAAGUUAAGAAUUUUUAAUAAAACUUAAUUUAAUUAUUACGUAUUUUUUAAAAUUUUCAAAACGUCAAAAACGCUGUCGUCCAUUUUGUGACGUCACUAACACACUUGAUGUACUAACUUCAAACUAAUUGUUAGCUAAUAUUUUUGUCAAACGCUCCGUUUGUAUGGGAUUUGUUAGUGACGUCAUGAAACAGUUGAAAUAUAGACUGUCAUGGCUGACAGGCGUGUUGGCUGGUAUUGUCAAAAACAUAUUUGAAAACUAAACUAACUAAACUUAACUUGGGUUAUUUAAAUAUUUGCACUGUUGUUUUGAAAACGCCCUCCAUUUUGUCUUUUUAACCGACUUCAAAAAAAGGAGGAGGUUCUCACUUCGACGUGUAAUAUAUAUUUUUUUUAUGUUUGUUACCGCAUAACUUCGUCAUUAUUUAACCAAUUUCAAAAUACUUCUUUGUUUGAAAGAGUAUACCUCCAGAUUGGUCCCAUUUACUUUUCAUGAAAAUCUACUAAAGACGAUUGAAUCAUAAACUUUUAGGAUUUAAAGACAGUUCUCUCUUGUGGUUCUUUCAGAAAUGGCUUAAAUUAAUACGUCACUGGCUUGGCACCGCCUUCAAAGUGAUCAGAAGGUAGCACAUACGAUGUCGUUUUUCGCAUUUUAGUUUAUUUUUGUGAUUUUCAGGUGGGUUCAAUAUUUUUUGUCAAAAAGAUUUUAUUGUCUGUCGAUUUCAGUCUUUACGUUCAUUAGCCAAACUGUAGUGUGUUAUGAUAACAAAAAUAGAAGAGGCAGGGUCAAAAAUCUGUGAUCAGUGAUAUAAUUGUGAUUGUAGGAAUAUCUGGGAACUGUAUGCUCAUGUUAUAGACUGAUUUAAAAACAAACUUGGCAACCCUAGAGCGAGGGAAAGAUCCAUGACGUCAUCUUUUUGCGAGAGUGCAGCCGGCUCCAUCGAAUUAUAAAAAACUUUACACCCUGUAUUGGUUUUACUAUAGCCGAACAGUGCUCAAGUUAUACUUCGUUACGUCUAAUCUCAGUUUUGGUUCACACCCGGAUGGAACGGAGUUCCCAUAUCGCCAUCCCAUCCCAUUCCAUUCCAAUAAAUUCCAUUCCAUUCUAUUCUAUUCCAUUCUAUUCUAUUCCAUUAUCGUUAUCGCGACUUUUCAUACAAACUUUGAACUCCUAUUUCACCCCCUUCUCUUUUUAUUUUAAGGAUUGAAAGUAGCCGGUACGGACGGUAGCUUACAGACGGGUAAAAAGUGUCGUUACAACUUUUGGUCUUAAUUUUUUCCGUUUAGUCUAAAAAAAGCAAAUGCAUUGUGCAUGUUUCUCUUGCUACAGAGAGACAUGCAUUGACUAAAAAGUUUGAGUGACAAGGCAUUUGAUGUCCUCAAACGGAUCUCCUAAUUUCUGAUUUAAUCACGCAGAGAUACUCUGAGCAUAGCUCGCUUUAUCGCCCGCUGAAUAAACCUUAAAUAAAGUAAUAUCAAAAAUCAGUAAAAUGAAUACUAAAACAGUUGGGCUCGAAAGGGCUAGAAACCUAGAACUCGGAGCAAAAAAGGCAGUUUAAAAAAAAAACGACACUGCAAAAUGCCGGUCUUUAUUAUAUAUUAGUACUAAAGAUUUAACACACAUGCUUCGUCACCAACUGACUGUAUCUAUAACAUGAGCAUACUGUAGGGAAUAAAAGAUCUAUUUCAUUUUGACUUCAAAAAGAAAAUGGCCACCAUACGAUGUAGGUAUUUAAAAGAUUUUGAUUCUUUGUUAGUCUACAUAUUUAAAUAAAUUUUAUACAACAAAAUCGACUAUGAUGUUUAUGUGUAUCGAUCAUGCUGAUUGAAUUUGUCGACAGUUAAUAAACCUGUAAUUAAUGAUAAUUUUAGUCAUUAAUCGAAUAUCGAUAGAUCUUAAUGGUUGGAUUGUGUGAAAGAGGACAUGUGUGUAAAAGGAGUGGAUGAUGAGUUGACGAGUAAUAGAAACGAAUGGAAAAGAUUGACAUAUUUUUCCGACCCCACUUAAGUGGGAUAAGGGUAAGGAGAUGAUGAUGAUGAUAGAUCUUAAUUCACAUCACUAACGGUCGUUUUCAAUAAUCUUAAUAAAGUUAAGAAAAUCUAUCUUUCUGUUUUUAUCUGCUUUUCAAUAACCUACUGAAAGAUAUGUUGAUUAUGUAAAGACAGUUUGACUAUUACUGAUAAUUGAGGAUAGCUAUAUAUCCGUAAUCUUGGGUAGGUUAUUGAACACGGCCGUAAGACUAUCUUUUAUCACUACUAUCUCUAUCAUAAGGAGAACUCAACCAUGUGAAGUUAUAGUGACGUACGCAAUUGUAGUGAGUUUUUAUCGAUGAAUUUUAAACCAUGUGAUUAUUAUUUAUUCAUUGAUAAUUAUUAUGUUAUUUAAAUUUUCUAUAAUAAUAAUUGACAUUAAUGAAUACAAGCAUUUGUUAUUCAUACAACUUUAUAGACAUGAAUAAUUUUAUUUAAUUGACUAUAUCCCGUGAAAAAACAAACAGUUCAAGCGGCAAAGCCUCCCAGACAGUACUAAUUACUUUACAAUUAAACUUUAAAGAGUCAAUCUGCGAAUAUGCCUGUGUGAAAAAGAAACGUAUGUAGAUUUCCUUGGGGUUGCAAUGCUGCUUGGACUCGAUGAGCUCUCUUUUUGCAGAGAAUAGCAAAAUAAAUUUAUUUAUCAACACUUUACUGGUUGAAGCGUCAAUAUUGUAUUUAAGUAUAGUAUUCGCCAAACUUGGAGUCCGAACACGAUGCGUAUGGUUGCGCAGUACAUGAAAAACAUCCCAGCGGGCUUACAAUAGCUGCAAUGUCAGAGCGGGCUUGAAGUUUGGCGUGUACUAUAAGUAUUUAUGUGUAAAUUAUAAGCAUUUUUUUUAUUUGUCUAUGUGUAAACGCAUUUCCGUGGCCAUUUUCUUUGUAAACACCCGAAGUCGUGGUUUUGAAUGUGAUGGAAUUUUGAAAGCAACUUGUGAGUACAAAAUUUUAAGGUGUAGUUUCAUGAAAUAUAUCUCUUUUCUUCGUAGAUAAAAAAAAAAGUUUUCCUCCAUUGAGUAUAGGUGUACUAAUUUACCGUUAUGGACAAAAUUUUGAGCCCCUCUAAGUUGUUCUUUCUCAGCAGAAUUAUAUAAUUUUAGAUGAUUGGCCGGAGAUGAUUUAUAAAAAAUAUAUAAAAACUCAAAAUCUGUGUGCCUUGUUUUUAACAAAAUUUACGGUUUGGUAAAGUAUUACUUAUAAAGUUACUUAUAGAAAAGGAGGUCUUGAAUGAAAAUUAGAAGAGAUAUUCAUCAUUAUCUUCUUGUUAUUAUUUAUAAUUUUUAUUCAAAAUUAAAAAACACAAUUAUUUUUAAAUUUUUUUGUUUAUUUAUUGAUUAUUAUUAUUAAAGAAAUCUCUAUUUCCCGUCGAUAAAAUUUCCCCAUCACUAGACUGCUGCCAUGACACUUAAGGCGCCAUUUUGAAAUUUCUUUUAAUAUUGUAUUUUUUCUAUAUUAGUAACUUAGUACAUGAUAUACUUCAAUGAUUUCUCUAAGAUCUUUUUAAGUGUUUAAAUAGGAAAAAGAAUAGUCUAUCAUAGAUCAUAAGGUUUAGUUUUAAUUUCAAAAAGUCAUUAUUAUUUUUUUGUUGCCGGCAACAUUGCCGAAAAAAAUAUCUCGAAAAUUUUUAAUGCAAAAAUGUUUUUUGUCAAUGUUUUUUAUUGUUUUUCUAAUCAAUUCUUUAUACUAUUUAAUUUUUUUGUUUAAUAAUUUGAAUGUAUUGUGAAACAGUACUAUUUAUAAAUAAAUAUAUUAUUUCUUUUAAAUUAAAAUCAAAUUUUAAGCGAGUAGGUACUAUAAUGUAGGUAAAAAAAUUGUGGGUUUUUAAAAAAAGGUGAAAUUUUGAAAGUUGUAUUUUUUGAAUCUUCUGAAAUGUACCCACAUUUUGAGUUGGAAGAUUCAAAAAAUACAACUUUCAAACCACAUUUUGAGUUGGAAAAUUCAAAAAAUACAAUAUACAAACGCCUAACAGUUUUUUCAGUCUAUAUUGGAUGGUAAUGGAAAAAUCGGUCAUAAUUAAGAGAUAUGGCAAAUAUUAUUUUUUUGAGUAGCCCAAUAUAAAGCAUUGAUUGAAACAAAAACAAAAAAAAAACUGAAUGUAAUUCGAUUAAAAAUAACACAUUUUUGCAUUAAAAACACAUAGCAUAAGAAAUGUUUUCUUUUUUUUUUUUUGACUAUUGAUUUUUCGUUUUUGCUUGUUUAAUUUUAAUGAGGUGCUAAAAUUUAAUAUAUUUAAUAUAUUAUGAUUACUAUAUAAUUAGUAUGUUUGUAUUACAUAUGUAAAUGUUUUACGUAUCAAUUUUUUGAAAGAUUCGACUGUAUCAAUGUCCGAAAGGGCGAGGCGUUUUUGUAUAGCCUGACUAAAAAAAGAAAAGGUUUUUUUUUUUAUUUUUGUGUCUUUUGGUUGUAAUAGUAAAGUGUACAGUCACUUGUGUGUGUAAAUCUGAAAGAGAGUUAGCAAAACAGAAAUGUUGUGAAUUCUGUCUAACAGAAAAAGUUGUAGGCUCAGACCAAUUAUAGAAGGACCUGUAUCGCACUCAUAAAGAGUCACGAACAAAAUUGUCUGUCAUUUUCUGAAGAAAACGAGCUUAGAUUUAGUAUAUAUCUUAUACUAAACUAGAAGUUUUUGCCCGUUUUUUACACAAUUCAAUUACACAAAAAGUUAUUUUUACGGAGCUCUUUAACCGACGAACACGAUUACAACUAUUUAACAUCGAUAUUAUUGAGACAGUUUCUAUAAUCGCAUUAGAUCGUUGAUCAUAUACUUUGACAGAAAAGUAACGUCUAGCGAGGCAGGUCCUAUACAAUAAUUGGUCUGAGGUUGUAGGGGAUCAUUCGCUGAGUGUCGAGUUUAACCUCUAUUUGUUUGAGAAUUUGACACUCAGCGGGAGAAUGAUCCCCUGGGGGUGCCCCUACAACGUACGGCCUACGACCUAGACGGCUCCGUGGCGCAGUGGCGUGCGCAGUGGAUUUACAAGACGGAGGUCCUGGGUUCGAUCCCCGGUUGGGCCGAUUGAGGUUUUCUUAAUUAGUCCAGGUCUGGCUGGUGGAAGGCUUCGGUCGUGGCUAGUUACAAAUGUAAUUGGUCCCCCAUGACGCUUUAGUAACUUCAAAUUUAGCAUCCCGGCAUAUACUAUAACAAAUAUAUUUCGUUGCAAUGAAAAAGAACACUUGUGGCUGUAAAGACAAGGUUUAUUUUAGUUUUUUAUAGUUUUGGUCAGGGUAUACAAACAAAGUAUGAAAGUUUGACGAAAACAAACAAAAAAAUCAUAUUAUUAUCACUAUAUAUGUAUAUUUAAAUUUUAAUCUGUAUUUUUUAUAUGCUGAAAAAAUUAGGGCUAUUGUAAUCUUUAUUCGACACGAAUUGUGUGUUUUUUUUUGUGAUUUGAAUUUGAUUUUUUAUUUUUGAUGAAAUCGUGUGCUACAUUUUUUGUGUAAUAGUUAUAGACAUACAUAUCAGAUGAAUUUGAUUUGCACAGACUAAAGGAAAAAUAUAGAUGGAAUCUGCAGUUUCGGAAAUAAGCACGAAAGGGUAGACACUAGACAAACAUAACAUCGGUUUAUUGUGUUUUACUUCUUUUCUUCUAUCGUUCCGUCUCAUUCAUUCAUUAAAAAUGUUUACCACUUAGUUUUAUUAAAAUUUCAUAUUAACUGUGAAGCAGAGGUGAAUUGUGAAAAAUUAAUUACUAACAACCUAAAGCAGCAGUUAAAAGAAUUUGCUAAAAAUCAAGAUUGUUAUUUUUUGUUUUGUAUUGACAGUUUUCAGAAUAAUAUUUCUUUUUACAUACGUCUCGUCUAUACAUACGUCUUUCUUCUAACAUAUUAGUUAAAUCACCAAUAUUCCUAAUACCUCCAACUAGACUGUUAAGAGAGUGCAACCGUAUAAAAACUGGUCUUAGAAAACAGAAGGGAAAUUGAAUAAAAAUAACGAUUUGCAAUCAUUUAUUUACGCGCACAUGUACUUUGUAAUGAAAAUCAAAGAUCAUUAAUAACUUUGAACACAUUAAUUAGCCCAACGGAUAGAGUUUCACUUCACACUGUUGUCACUACACGAAAAUCGCUGGCCUGUACCGCCAUUUUUCAAAAUGAUGUCGUAUCAGCUAGUCUUGUACCACUGGUGUAAUUCGGUCUGUUUUUCCUUUAGUCUCUGACCAUAUAUUGUUUCUAAAAGUUCUUAUAUUAUAUUAACGUUAAUAUUUGGAAAUUAGGAAGGUCCAUCGGUGCGUCCGUCUCGCGUCCAUUCUAGGGUCCAUAUAGAAGUGUAAACUGCGUCCGACUGAAACAUUUUUCUAGUUUUCGAAGCGUUAGCGAUCGUAGAAAGAGAAUCGACGUGCCAGUUGGCUACAGGGGCAGAUCUGUCAGUCCCAUACAUUAUUUUGGUUUUCGAAACGUUAGCGUUUGUAGAAAGAAUAGACGUGUUACAUGGCUACUGGCUUAGUGUUGGUAUCUGGCAGUAUUCGGUAUAAAAUGUAUGGGAGCAACAUUCGUCAUCGAAAGGUCACGUGUUCAAGCUCAGACCAAUUAUAGAAGGACCUGUAUCGCACUCAUAGUCACGAAUAAAAUUGUCUGUCAUUUUCUGAAGAAAACAAGCUUAGAUUUUGUAUAUAUCUUAUACUAAACUAGAAGUUUUUGCCCGUUUUUUACACAAUUCAAUUACACAAAAAGAUAUUUUUACGGAGCUCUUUAACCGACGAUUACAACUAUUUAACAUCGAUACUAUAGAGACAGUUUUUAUAAUCGCAUCAGAUCGUUGAUCAUAUACUUUGACAGAAAAGUAACUUCUAGCGAGGCAGGUCCUGGACCUGUAUCACACUCAUAGUCACGAACAAAAUUGUCUGUCAUUUUCUGAAGAAAACGAGCUUAGGUUUUGUAUAUAUCUUAUACUAAACUAGAAGUUUUUUUGCCCGUUUUUUACACAAUUCAAUUACACAAAAAGAUAUUUUUACGGAGCUCUUUAACCGACGAACACGAUUACAACUGUUUAACAUCGAUACUAUAGAGACAGUUUUUAUAAUCGCAUUAGAUCGUUGAUCAUAUAUUUUGACAGAAAAUGAACGUCUAGCGAGGCAGGUCCUAUACAAUAAUUGGUCUGAGUGUUCAAGUUAUCGUCAUCGAUCAGCCCCCGUAGUCUACUAGAAAACUAGAAAAACGUAUAGGAAUGACAGAUCUUGUAGUGACCCUGCUUUCUGCAUCCACGGUCGUGGGUUCGAUUCCCACAACUGGAAAAUAUUUGUGUGAUGAACAUGGGUUUUUUCCAGUGUCUGUGUGUAUUUAUACAUUAUAUAAGUAUUUAUAUGUAGUAUAUAAAUGUAUAUGAAUAUUAUAAUAUCAACUAUCUUAGCACCCAUAACACAAGCUACUCUGUAUGCUUACUUUGGGGCUAGAUAGUGAUGUGUAUUGUUUAAGUAUAUUUAUAUUUAUAUAUUUAUAUUAUAGUUUUCGAAGCGUUAGCGAGUCGACGUGUCACUGGCUUAGUAUUGAAGUGAUUAGACAGUGGACGCAAGGCGGACGCACUGGACCUAUUUUUGAAAAAAAAAAUGAUUGCCUGUUAAUUUACUUUGGUUAGUGUUUAAGGGUGUUCUGAGAGAUUGGAAAGAUCUUCUGUGUUUUUUUUGUGUCUUUUUUUUUUGUUUUUUAUGUAAUGUGUUUGCGAAAGUUUGUGACACGCAAAGAUGCGAGCGCAAUUUGCUAUAAUCUGUAAAUGGAAUGUAUUUAACACGUUCGCUGCGGUACGAGGUCAAUUGACCUCGUACGCAUAGCUUCUUCAAGGGUUACGAGGUCAAUGGACCUCGUACUCAUAGCGUCUUCAAGAGUUACGAGGUCAAUGGACCUCGUACCGCACCACAUAAAGUUUUAGUAAGAGAGAAUAGUACAGAAAUAUCAGUGCCGCAGCGAACGUGUUAAAAGAGUUUGAAAUUUAUAGUAAAAUCACAGACACGACGGUGUCGUAGCCGUUCCGAAUAUAAAAUUUAAUAACGAAUACAUUCUCGAGUCAGUACGACACGAACCGUCGCAUCAGUAACUUUCAAUAUUAUUCCUGAAAAAUGGCGUCUUGUGUUUUUAAAUAUUUUAAAAACUGUUCACAAAAACUAAAGAAAUGCGAGUAUUUUUUUAUUGGUAAUUAUUGAUUAUUAUAUUAAUUACGUAAUUGUUUUUAGUGUUAAAUUUAGAAAUAUAAAUUAUGAAAAAAGUUUGUGUAUGUCAAGGAGACGUGUGACGUUUGUAUUUUUAUGGGUUUCAUUGGCUUCACCGCGCUGCUUGUAAAGACUCAUUCUGGAUUAUUCUUUAUUAUUUUUUCAUAAUUUGUAUAUCAAAAUUUAACAGUAACAACAAUUAUGUAAAAUAAUAUUUAGUUUAUAGUUAUCACAAACAUACUCCAUCUUAUUUCUUUAGUUUUUGAGAACAGAGGGCUAAGUGGCAGUUCGUUAAUUUGACGAUCGCGUAAACGUAAACGCGAAUUUCUAAGGAAUUGAACAAUUCCUUCAAUUUUACAUAACUACAUAAGACGCCAUGUGUUUUGAAUAAUAUUGAAAAUUACUAAUGUGACGUUUCGUGUCGUACUGACUCGAGAAUGUAUUCGUUUUUGAAUUUUGUAUUCGGAACGGCUACGACACCGUCGUGUUCCGUACGCUCCAUCUGCCUAUUAUUCUGUAAUCUGUGAUUGUAGCAAAUUGGGCAUAUUGCUUUGUGUGUAAAGAUUUCUAUGUGCACUACUAGACGUCACCAAUAAUAUAAUUAAAACUUGGAUACAUUAUAUUAAUUACUAGCAGACGCCCGCUGUUUAAUCCGCGUAGUUCUUAUUCCCGUGGGAAUACGGGGAUAAAAUACUCGUACGGGAAUAAAUUACUUGAGUGAAAAAAGAAAGAUAGUUUCGGAGCAUUUUCUUGAUAUUUCUAUAUGAUUUUAAUUACUGAAUACAGAGUAAAUAACGCAAUUUUCAAUAAAAUACUUAUCUAACAGAAAACACUACUGUUUGUCUUACUAGAGUGAGGAAAAUGCUGUUUAAAAAAUUAAAUGCAAAACAAUUGUUUAUUUUCCAUACAAACAAACCGUGCGAAAAACACGACUUUUCGUCUCACUAGAGCGAAGAUAAAUGCAUUAAAAACAAUUGUUUGUUUUCUAGGAUUUGUUUGUAAAGUACUAUUUUGCACAUUGAUUUCGCGGGAUAAAUAAAGCUUUUCCGAUCAAGUAAGAUGACAAUUGAUUUUGAUGUUUAUUAUAACUCGUUUAGUCGGUCUCGCAGCGCACAUUGAAGUCUGUCACAGUCAACGCGUUAUCAACUGAGUCGUGAAUAGUUAGUUUAAUUUAUUUAUCGCAACCCGCCAGUCCGUAUUGGACCAGUAUGGUGGGUCUAAGCACUAAAAAAAACCUUUAGAAAGGUAGCCUGGCUUUGUAUUAUGUACUAGUUUAUUCAAAUUGGCUAUACAGAGUGCUCGAGAGUUGUUCCCAUAACUCUAGGGUUAUAUUCUUUAUGGUAAAUUAAUUAAAAAUGUCUAAGGAACAUGCGUUCAAAAAUGAAUAUUUUCGCAGUAAAAAUUCUUUUGUAAAUAGAUCUUAAAUUGUGUCCCUUAUAUGGCAUCCUUAUAUUAUGACCUAGCCAAGUUUAUUCAUUGAUAAAUAUCAUGAAGUAGCUUACUAGUGAAGUCAGGAGUGCCAGUUGCAAUAUCUCGUCGAUAUCGACAGUCUUACCACUGCGAUUACGUAUUUUAAAAUGCAAGGAUAGAUAAAGGCGUGUGUUACAUGGAUAGUCGGAAUUACUUUGUAUGAAAAAGUUUUUUAUUUAGUUUGUAAUUAUGGGGAAUACUCCCGAGCACCCUGUACAUUAUAGUACUACGACUCAGUUGAUAACGCGUCAACUGUAUUGUGUUGUAAAUACCUAUAUAUAUAUACAUAAUAUAUAUAUUUUUUGUUGAACUCGGUUGAUCUCUGUCUGCGUGUCAUUUAUGUUAUAUUAUGUUAUGAUCUUUGGUGCAAUUUGCAGGCGAUGCCAUAUUAUUAUGAAAUAAAUAUAUUAUUUGGAAAAAAA